AUGGCGACCACCGUUGCACACAACACCGGCCCUGCUGCCGUUCCCUCCUCUGCCGACCCUCGGUCUUCAGGCCAGCCCAAGGCCAGGUCUCGCACCACAAUACCGACACAAUCGGGGAAAUGGAUCCUGGGCAAGACAAUCGGCGCUGGCAGCAUGGGCAAGGUCAAGCUGGCAAAAAAGGAGGACAGCAACGAGCAGGUCGCGUGCAAGAUCAUCCCCAGGGGUGUUACCGACGAUGGACACCACAGCCGGGCAGACAAGGAGCGUAACGAGCAGGGCAAGGAGAUCCGCACCGCGCGAGAGGCUGCCAUAGUCACCCUACUCAACCACCCUUACGUGUGCGGCUUGCGGGAUGUUGUCAGGACCAACUACCACUGGUACAUGCUGUUCGAAUAUGUCAACGGCGGCCAGAUGCUGGACUAUAUCAUCUCCCACGGGAAGCUCAAGGAGAAACAGGCUCGCAAGUUCAGCCGUCAGAUCGCUAGUGCCCUCGACUAUUGCCACCGGAACAGUAUUGUCCAUCGAGACCUAAAGAUCGAGAACAUCCUCAUCAGCAAGAUCGGUGACAUCAAAAUCAUCGACUUUGGCCUGAGCAACCUGUUCUCUCCGCGUGGCCACCUCAAGACCUUUUGCGGUAGCUUGUACUUCGCCGCCCCAGAGCUCCUCCAGGCCAGGGCAUACACCGGCCCCGAGGUCGACGUGUGGAGCUUUGGUAUUGUCUUGUAUGUUCUCGUUUGCGGGAAGGUCCCCUUUGACGACCAGAGCAUGCCCGCGCUCCACGCCAAGAUCAAGAAAGGUCUCGUGGAUUAUCCCAACUGGCUGUCAAGCGAGUGUAAGAACUUGCUUUCCCGGAUGCUGGUCACGGAUCCCAAACAACGAGCCACCAUGGCUGAGGUCAUGGCACACCCUUGGAUAAACAAGGGCUACAGCAGCCCGCCCGACAAUUUCCUGCCUCGCCGUGAGCCUCUCACCCUGCCACUGGACCCGGAAGUCAUAAACGCCAUGACUGGUUUCAACUUUGGACCGCCCGAAGUCAUCAAGGCGCAGCUUACGCGCUUGAUCGAGUCGGAGGAAUACCAACGCGGUGUCCGUCUCUACCAGCAGGAAAAGGACCUGCCCCAACCGUCCAAGGAUGGUGACAAGAAGAGGGGCAUGUUCGACUUCUAUAAGCGGCGCAAUUCCAUCACCAGCAGGGACACGUUGACUGCACCGAGCAGCGAGGCCCUCGCACUUGGGAACGAUCCCCUUAACGCCUUCAGCCCGCUGCUCUCCAUCUACUACUUGGUCAGGGAGAAGCAGGACCGGGAGAGGGUUGAUGUCGUGCCGACCAUGGCAACGCAACAACCUCCGGCUCAAAGGGAAAAAGACCCCGUCCCAGAGAUAGCGCCGCCACAGGAGGCCCACACAAAUGCCUCGGCAUACGAGAUGCCGGGCGAGAAGGCUACCGGCGGGAGAUCAAGGCCGCGAGCGCGGACACAUGGAGAAGACGAUGUGCCUGACAAGGCGCUUCUGUCGCCAAAGGCUGCCCUCGGCCCAGAGGCACAAGCACCAGCGGACAGGCCUGAAAAGAAGGAGAGCGCAGCAGCUGGCAUCCUCAGGAGGUUCUCCACGAGGAGACGGCCAAGGGAUGGCGAAAGGCCGGAGAAGGAUCGGUCGCACCCGCCACAAGUCCACGUCCAUUCCCCAUCCGAACAGCCGCCCGUGCCGGGUAUACCACCUCGGAAAUCCUUCAGCAUCAGGCGUUCGAGGCGUGACAAGGAAGAUGGAUCAAGCUCCCGGCUGCGCUCGGGCAGCAGCCAGCCCCAACACAGCGAGUUGCUGAGCCCGCCGCUGUCUGCGGGUGCUAAUGUGCAAGGCCAGAAGAAGGUCCUCGGGCGAUCUACCAGUGUCAACUCUGCAGAAUUCCGCAGAAGGCGGGCCAUGGCAUCGCAUGGAUCGACGACAGACACCGAGGGCAAAGAGCCACCACCCACGAGCGGCUCGGACCAGUCCAUGGAAAGGCCGAAACCACAAGCUGAGGGCAGGGGCAACGCCGCCUCGCGGUCUGUCUCCAUGAGGGCCAAGUCUCUGGGCCACGCGAGGCGCGAGAGCAUUCAAGCGCGGCGCGCCCGUCGUGAGGAGCAGCGGGAGCUGAACGUGCCGGAGGAAACGGACGCUGAGCUCGGCGACCAGAGCGGCCUGUCCAACGACGAACGCCACGACAACCCAAGCCUCGCAAAGCCUGUUUUCUUGAAGGGUCUGUUCAGCGUCAGCACGACCUCGACAAGGCCCGUACCUGAGAUACGGGCAGACAUCAAACGGGUGCUUAAGCAACUUGGCGUAGACUAUAGCGAGAUUCGGGGCGGCUUCCGUUGUAUUCACUCACCCAGCAUAGACCUGAAGAAGGUCGACCCGCCCAACAGUCCCAAUCAACUCCCCGGCCACAGGAGACGCUUUAGUUUCGGUCUCCGGGGCGAGCGGGCAGAUGACGUGCGCGACGUACUAGAAGGGGGCCAGCCCAACACGCCUAGGACUCCAGGCAGGGCCCGGGAGGACCGGAGCAGCAGCAACUCGGAUGUCUCAGACAUUGAUAAUUCGCGGGACACCGGGGGCCCGUCAAGAGCCCCUCCGGGAGAGACGACGACGCGAGUACAGGACGACCUAGGCGGAAACAUGGUUCUCGAGUUUGAGAUUUUCAUUGUCAAGGUACCAAUGAUCAGCUUGCAUGGUAUCCAGUUCAAGCGCAUGACUGGCAACACGUGGCAAUUCAAGAACAUGGCAGAUCAGAUACUAAGGGAACUCCGGCUAUGA